CACAGCAGUUUCUCAAUCUAUGUAGAGUAUGAUACAUCCUGCAUAGGUCCUGAAUCACCUGCUUCCGAUCACCUCGACACAAAAGAAGGCAAAGCCAUGAUCGAUUUGUCUGCGAUAAAUGCGUUACCUCCGGCUGUUCAACAAAGGCUCUUCGAAGGUCCUGCGCUAGCUUCUCCUGAUGGUAUAUCUCAGUUUUCCAAUCCACCGAAUUGGAAUUCCUUGGGUUAUGGGGUCGCCAUUACCGGUAUUGUCACCGUGGGGGUGUUGGUCAGUGUUCAGAUUUAUUCACGACUUAGAUACCAUCGGAAAUUUGGACUUGAAGACUACAUAACCAUAUCUGCAUUGAUAAGCUUCGCUACCUUCAUGGCAUUCGUUUUGAGGAUAGUAGUGUCCCCGGGAAUCUUUGUGCACCAGUGGGAUAUCCAGCUUAAAAACAUGCCUGAUCUUCUAUACAACAUCACGGCCACAGCGAUUGCAUACUGCCCAGUAGUCGCAUUUCUCAAAGCUGGCAUUCUACUACACUGGACAAAACUAUUUGUUCCCACAGGGUACCGGAACGGGUUCUGGUGGGCUUGCCACAUAACCCUCUGGGUCAACGUCGUGUUUUACACGAUAUGCAUGUUCCUCCAGAUCUUUGCCUGUUCUCCCCGCCACAAACUGUGGACACCGUGGGCUCCAGGAAAGUGUGCCGAUGUGGCCAUGGUCUACAUUAUCCCUGCUUGUAUUAAUGUCGUCUUCGACUUCAUUAUCCUUCUUAUUCCUCAAAUGGUCAUCUGGAAACUCCAUGCAUCAACGGCAAAGAAAAUUGGCAUAUCGGCGUUGUUCGCUGUUGGCAUCCUCGCCACUAUCGCCGCCGGCUUUCGCAUCAGAUCCACAAUUACAUUCACCGAGGUCGAGGAUGUGAGCUACGCAGUCACUGAACUAGGCUUAUGGGCCGUUGCCGAGAUGGUUGCUGGAUUCUUUGCUUUAUGUCUACCGCACAUACCCAUUCUUUUCAAACACUCGCCUUGGAUCCAGAAAGCAAUUUCAGCAAUUCGAUCCUUCUCAGGCCAAAGCUCGAGUCGCACUGGUGGUUCUGAGCCAGAAUCUGCGGGCAGAGCAGGAUUUGGAACCUUUAGGAAAGCUAGGCGCAAUCCCGAUGCUAGCCUUUUCACGGAUACACAUUUGAGUAACCGGAGUUUUAUCCCUUUGUCUGAUGUCAGUGCUUCGAAAAACCGGAGUGCUGUAUGA